ACCCCAUCCCAAGCUGCCUCCAGCCUAGGGCCGUGGUCUGUCUGUCUUCGCCAUGCUCCGCUCCGGCUCGCUGCGCUUGAGGAGCCUUGCGCUGCGGGGCUCCCCCGGGCGCUGGACCGCCGCCGGCUUCCGGGAAGGACAAGAAAGUCCAUCCUCACCCCCAGAAUGGAAGGACAAAGCAGAGACCGUGAUCAUUGGAGGAGGCUGUGUGGGCGUGAGUCUGGCUUAUCAUCUGGCCAAGGCAGGGAUGAAAGAUGUGGUCCUGCUGGAGAAGUCGGAGCUCACAGCUGGCUCUACCUGGCACGCAGCAGGUUUAACAACUUACUUUCACCCUGGGAUAAACCUAAAGAAAAUACAUUAUGACAGCAUCAAACUUUACGAGCAGCUGGAAGAAGAAACCGGACAGGUGGUGGGAUUCCAUCAACCGGGUAGCAUCAGGCUUGCUACAACUCCUGUAAGAGUAGAUGAAUUCAAAUAUCAAAUGACACGGACCAACUGGCAUGCAACAGAACAGUAUAUUAUUGAGCCCGAAAAAAUCCAAGAGAUGUUCCCUUUACUCAACAUAAACAAGGUUUUGGCCGGACUAUAUAACCCAGGAGAUGGUCACAUUGAUCCUUAUUCUCUGACAAUGGCCCUGGCUGCUGGGGCUAGGAAAUAUGGGGCCCUUCUAAAGUAUCCUGCACCAGUGACAUCUCUGAAGCUCAGGGAAGAUGGAACAUGGGAUGUCGAGACGCCACAAGGAUCAGUGAGAGCAAACAGAAUUGUGAAUGCUGCUGGAUUUUGGGCUCGUGAAGUGGGUAAAAUGAUUGGACUGGAGCAUCCCCUCAUCCCUGUGCAGCAUCAGUAUGUCGUCACAUCGACAAUACCAGAAGUGAAGGCUUUGAAACGAGAGCUCCCAGUGCUCCGUGACCUGGAGGGAUCCUACUACCUCCGACAGGAAAGGGAUGGGCUUUUGUUUGGUCCCUACGAAAGUCAGGAGAAGAUGAAACUUCAAGCCUCCUGGGUGGCUCAUGGAGUCCCUCCAGGCUUCGGAAAGGAACUUUUUGAGUCUGACCUGGACCGAAUCAUGGACCAUCUGGAGGCUGCCAUGGACAUGAUUCCUGUUUUGAAAAAGGCGGACAUCAUCAAUAUCGUCAACGGCCCUAUCACCUACUCCCCCGACAUUCUGCCUAUGGUGGGGCCCCACCAGGGAGUCAGAAAUUACUGGGUGGCCAUUGGCUUUGGAUACGGCAUAAUCCAUGCUGGUGGGGUAGGGAAGUACCUCAGUGACUGGAUUUUGCAUGGAGAACCUCCUUUUGACCUGAUAGAACUGGAUCCCAAUCGCUAUGGCAAAUGGACAACAACACAGUACACUGAGGCCAAAGCCAGAGAAUCCUAUGGGUUCAACAACAUCGUCGGUUAUCCCAAGGAAGAACGGUUUGCCGGGAGGCCAACCCAGAGAGUCAGUGGGCUCUACAAAAUCCUGAAGUCCAAGUGCUCCAUGGGCUUCCAUGCUGGCUGGGAGCAGCCACACUGGUUCUACAAACCCGGCCAGGACACUCAGUAUAGGCCAAGUUUCCGCCGCACAAACUGGUUUGAGCCAGUGGGCUCUGAGUACAAACAGGUUAUGCAAAGAGUCGGUGUGAUUGACCUAUCUCCAUUUGGCAAGUUCAGCAUCAAAGGCCAAGAUUCCACCCGACUUCUGGACCAUCUCUUUGCAAAUGUCAUUCCCAAGGUGGGUUUUACAAACAUUAGUCACAUGUUGACACACAAAGGUCAAGUGUAUGCUGAGCUGACCGUUUCCCACCAGUCUCCUGGGGAAUUCCUGCUGAUCACUGGAUCUGGGUCGGAACUUCAUGAUCUUAGAUGGAUUGAAGAAGUGGCCAUAAGAAGUGGAUAUGAUGUUGAAAUUCAAAACAUAACAGAUGAGCUUGGAGUCCUGGGAGUUGCAGGGCCAUAUGCAAGAAGAGUCCUUCAGAAGCUGACCUCAGAAGACCUCAGCGAUGAUGUUUUCAAGUUUCUCCAAACCAAGCCUUUAAAGUUCUCUGGCAUUCCUGUCACUGCUAUCAGGAUCUCUUAUACUGGUGAGCUGGGAUGGGAGCUGUACCACAGAAAAGAAGAUUCCGCAGCACUUUAUGAGCUUAUCAUGAACACGGGCCAGCAGGAGGGGAUCGACAAUUUUGGAACAUAUGCCCUGAAUGCCUUAAGACUGGAGAAGGCUUUCCGAGCCUGGGGGUCAGAGAUGAACUGUGAUACAAACCCCAUGGAAGCUGGACUGGAAGGUUUUAUCAAGCUGAAUAAGCCAGCUGACUUCAUAGGAAAGCAGGCACUGAAGCAGAUUAAAGCCAAGGGGCUGACACGGAAACUGGUUUGCCUCACCUUGGAAACAGAGGAUGUGGAUCCGGAGGGAAAUGAAAGCAUUUGGUACAAGGGCAAGACAGAGUUUCUCUGUGUGGCCUUGACUCCUGGACUCUGCUUUGUAGACUAAGCUGGCCUCAAGCUCACAGCUAUUCGCCUGCUUCUUCGUCCCUGAGUGCUGGGAUUACAGGCUAACGCUACCACACCCUGUUGCAGUAUAUUUGAUCCCACUGUGAAUCCCAAAUUUGUGAACUAUAGACCCUGUUUCUUUAGUGUGGUUGAGUCCUAUCACAUACCUUUAAUCCAAGAAUUUUCUUUCUAUUGUAAACUAGUGAUAUGGUUCACCCAGCUGUGGCACAUACCUUUCAUCCAAGAACUUUCUGUACACAGAUUUGAAGUAAAUUAACCCUAAGCCAAGACAAGGAGCAAAAAACUGACAGGGAUUAAAGAGUAGGAGAGUCUUUGAGUUGAGGGGUAUUGAAGACAUCGUGGAGAAGAAGAGCUUUUAUCUUAAGCUUUGGCUUUAGCUCCUCAGCUCUCUGGCUUUUGGGGCUUUGAGCUAGCAAGCCUUUGACCUUGAGUUUUUUUUUGGCCUUUUACUCCUGUUAGCUGAGCUACUGAGCCUUUAGUUUUUUUGUUUUGUUUUGUUUUGUGUUGUUUUUUGUUUGUUUGUUUGUUUUUUGUUUUUGUUUUUCCCAUCCAGACCUGAGCUGAGAGAGAAAGUCAGCUGGGUGCUUUUUCUGCCUCUCUGAGCUAGCAGGUUUUUACUCCAGCAUCUGGUUCAUGAGUCUUUAUUGGUAAAACAGAACAGUUGGGGUUUUCAUUUUAUAAAACAACAUAUUUCCUUUUAUGCACAUAAUAAGGACACAAAAGUAUGCAAAGGUUCAUAUGUAGAGGAAUUGUAAUUCAGAACAUGGCUACUCUGGUAAGAGAUCAUAUCUAAAGACCUUCUAGGUCUGUGUGAUCUGCCUGGAAAGCAGACACACCUUUAAUCCCAGGAGACAGAGGCAAGCAUAUCUCUGAGUUUAAGGCCAGCCUGGUAUGGAGCUGGUUUCAGGUAAAAAACAAAACUAAAGUAAAACAAAAAACAAACAAAAAAAACUUCUAGGUUCAAUCAGUGAGUUGAAAAGGCAGUUGUAGAAUUGAGUUUGUGGCAGUUCAUAGAAUUCAGAGGCAGUUUUAUCAGAACAGAUUUACAGAGACAAAUUGCAGAGAGAACAAGCUAGAAACAGGUAAAGACAGAUGAACGAGAGAAUAAAAAGGAGCCAGCAGAUUAGAACAGAUUGCUAGAGUAGAGUUAGUUUGAGGGCAAGCAGAGCAAUGCAGUCAGAGGCCAAGAGAGAAGCCAGAUUGAAUCAGUCAGCUUGGAGAGGACUAAGCUAGAAGAGCUAAGUUGAAUCAGCCAGCCAGAGUUCAGAAAAAGGUUAUUCAGAGGUAAAUUUCAGAAGCUGAAAACAUUCUAAACCGAUUAGAUUGUAUGGAGGCUAGAAACUUUUAGGACUAGGCUUGGGUUAGCAUACAGAGGCAGUAAACCUUGAAGAUGAUGAUUAAAUCAGGUGAAUAAAAUAUACUUUUACCUAAUCCCAGCACUCUGGUAGGCAGAGGCAGGUAGAUCUCUUCGAGGCCAGCCUGGUCUACAAAGUGAGUCCAGGACAACCAAAGCCACACAAAGAACCCUGUCUCAAAAAACCCUGUCUCAAAACAACAACAGCAAAAACCCUUUACAUGAAUUGUAGAAACCAAACACUACAUGGCAGAGAAAUACAAUGUUGUCAUGGCCAGACAACAAGGAGAGAAGAAAUAGAAUUACUUUGUUAGAAUCCAUUGCCUUAGGUACACUGCCACGCAAGAUUUCAUUAUCAAAAUAGAACUAUUUUCUGCUCUCUGCUCUGGCUGGCUUUGAAACUGGAGAUGAUAAGCAGUGGGCAGGAUGAAGGGGUCACGGAAGUUUAAUUUUGAAGCUUUAGGUUCAGCUCUCAUUCAAACUUAACAAUUUCAUAAGUUUGGAGAAUCUUAAGAGCUAAAAGGGAAUUGUUGUUCUUCUUUUCCUUUCACCUUUUCCCUCCUGAUGGACACACACACACAUAGAGACACAUACUAAGGCACAGAACAAAAGCAACAAUAAAUUGAAGGCACUGCCUA